UAUAUUAAAAAAAAUCGUAGGCAAACGCCAGCCUAGAUUUAACGUGCUAGCUAAAAUUACAUAGUUUCCCAUUGGGGCUUUAACGAGGGUUUCGUAGUUUUGACAAUAGGCAGAGAAGUAAAGGCAAAUCGAACGGCGAUAAGUCAUCAUCUUCGGUUGGAUUUGAGAAAAACCCAGUGGAGAGGAUUCAUCGAACCAUGGAUAUGACCGAGCUAUGGGCGAUUUUCGGACCGGGAGUCUCCGGAGCGGUGUUCGGAGCCGGAUGGUGGUUCUGGGUCGACGCCGUCGUCUGCAGCUCCGUCCAAGUUCCGUUUGUCCACUAUCUCCCAGGCAUAUCUGCGUCUCUUGCAGCUUUGAUGUUCAAUUGCGUGAGGAAAGAGGAUAUCGAUUACUCUCCUUACGACGAUGGCGAGUGGAGAUUGAAGCUAUGGUUGUUCAUAGCAUACGUUGUAGCUUUUGUUUCCCUAGCCGCAUCUGUCGGAUUACUGAUACAAGACUCGCUUGUGAAAACUGGCCCGUCGGCGUGGACUGGUGUCGCGGGUAUCUUUCAAUGUGUAUUUGUGUUGAUAAGUGGGCUAAUGUAUUGGACAUCACACUCGGAGUAAGUCGUCUUUACCACUGGAACAUGCGGAGAAAACUGAAUCAGGACCAUGUCCAUGUUUACUACAUUUGCUGUAAAUGUUCGUUUCUUUUCGGCGUGGUCCUGUUCUCAGCUUUGCCGUCUCCCUUCCUUCAAUUAAAAAUUUAUCAAGUCACUAACGAACGCUUUUUAUUCAAAUAUAUUUUUUAAUAACAAAGUAAUAUAGAGCCCGGA